AUGAUAACUGAUGACAUUUUUAAAAGAGAUUUAGUAAAAGAAGUACUUGAAAUUUAUCAAAAGGGAAAUGAUGACUUAAAAGAUGAUCUAGAAAUAGAGAUUGAAAUAAACAGAUGGUUUAAAACACACAAUGAACCACCAUCACAAAUCUUUGAGAUAAUACUUGAACGAAGUAACGACGGAACGAAUUACAAAACUCUUCUAGCAUUUAUGUAUGGUUUUGGGAUGGGAACAGAAAUUGAUGAGCGUGAAAUGUUUCGAUAUUAUUUGAUCGCUGCGGAACAAGGGGAUCCAGUUGCCGCGAAUCAAACCGGAUGGUGUUUUUACGAUGGAGUAGGAACACGCAAAGAUCCAGAAAAUGCUUUUCGUUGGUUUCAACGUUCUGCUAACGGUGGUGACGCAAUAGGAAUGAAUUGGUUGGCACACUGCUAUGAGAAAGGUGUUGGUGUAGAGGCUGAUGUUAAUAAAGCGUUUAAUUUCUAUCUGACAUCAGCAUAUGGUGGGGAACCCAAGUCACAAUACGAUGUUGGACGCUGUUAUAGAAAUGGGUUAGGUGUAUCUCAAGAUUAUAGUAAAGCCGUUUAUUGUCCAGAUGCGGCAAAUGAACUUGGAUAUUUAUAUGAACAAGGAAUCGGUACACGACCUGAUAGAUAUAAAUCAUUGCUUUGCUAUCGAAAAUCGGCCGUUGGAAGUGAUCAUAUAAGAAAAUUUAAUUAUGCGAAUUCUAUUCAUGAUGGCUUUGGUGGGUCGGUUGAUAAACAUCAAGCGAUAUAUUGGUAUCGUCGGGCAUUAGCUUACGGAGAUACGGAAUAUUCAAAGGUGCAAUUAAAUCGUAUCUUUUUGAAUAAUUUUCACACAUAG